CUCUUCAAAUCUGCAGACUCUGGGAAUACCAAUUUACCAAAAAACCACAACCACCAUGGCAACCAACUGUGCUCCAGCCUCCACCGACCCCAAACCCGCCGUCACCGACCCCAAGCCCGCCGUCACCGACGAGGUCCGGAAGGUCUUCAAAAGCUUCGACUCCAACGGCGAUGGGAAGAUCUCCGUCAACGAGCUCGGCAACGUCCUCACGGCCCUCGGCUCCACCGUCUCCGAAGACGAGCUCAAGCGCUUCAUGGUCGAUCUCGACACCGACAACGACGGCUUCAUUUGCCUCGACGAGUUCAACGCCUUCUGGGUCGCCGGCCCCAAGGACGGCGGCGUCACCGAGCUCAAAGACGCCUUCGAUCUCUACGACCAGGAUCGGAACGGCCUCAUCUCCGCCAACGAGCUCCACCUGGUGCUCAACCGCCUCAACAUGGCCUGCACGAUCGAGGACUGCCAUCGGAUGAUCAAGACCGUCGAUGCCGACGGCGACGGGAAUGUGAAUUUCGAGGAGUUCAAGAAGAUGAUGGGACACAAAGCCUCCUCCGACGGCACCAAUGCCGCCAACCCUGCCGCCUAGUGCCGCACACGGUAGUCAUCUAUCUCAAUCCAGGUGCUGAAUUUAGAUCCGAAUCUCCAUCUGUUAGGGUUUAACUUUUGAAAUUUAGGGAAAUUAUAUACUAUUAGAUCAUCAAAUGGAUGUGUACGUGGAAAAAAUAGGAUCUGAUCACGUCCUCCACUUCAAUAAGUAUAGUAUUUGUGAUUAUAUUUGGGUGAAGUUGCUCGAAAUCGCAUCGCAUUUCCCUCUAUUUUCUGUUUGUUUCUCGAGAAAAUUCUCUAUCCCCCUUGGUCACUUUGGCUUAAUGAAUGUUAUUGCGAUAUUAAUUUUCCUUUUAA